CCCCCCCCCCUCUCUUUUCCUUCCUUCUGCCCUUCUCCCAAUUUUUCAUUCCUCUUCAUUCCACCUGCUCUCGUAAAGCCCUUCGAACAUUUUUAUUCUUCGUGUGCCCCCAGGAUUUCGUCCUCCACGACGACGACGGCGUCCGCCGCCUCACAGGCGUCCACUUCCAAUCUUCUCUCGACACCAGGAAGCAGCAGUGGCAGUGGUGGUAAAAAUGAGAUAGAAAUGGAUUAUAAUGAGAUCUGGCCCUACACCUUACAAUCAACUAUUCUACUCGUGCUUUUUAUUGUUUGGAUGAUUAUCGGCGUGUUUGUCGCAAGGGAGGUGAUGCUGGUGCUUCUCGAUCAUCGGAAGAUAAAAAAAAAACCGAUACAAAAGAAAGCGUAUAAUGGAGCAUAUAGUGUAAAAAAGAAACGAUACGUGAAGGAUAGAAACUAUCAAGCAGUGGCAAAUGGCGGAAACGAGAUUGUUUGAUGAUGUUCUACUAUCAAAUUAGUUUAUUCAAAUUUUCAUUUUCCGGGCGAAUCCACGUGUAAUUUUUUUUCUUUUCUCCUUUUAAAAUUAUUAAAGAAUUGUAUCCGUGCACUUGAACAUUCAUUGUCAAAUUAUCUCUGUGAUUACCUUUUUUCAUUAUUUUUUGAACAUUAUUGUUUUAUGUAAAAUUUAUAUUUGAAGAGAAGUUUUUGAAAUCUUAUUUAAACAUUGACAAC